AUGCGACUCGAAGACUGGCUGGAUGACUUGUGCGUCCGCUUUAUUAUAAACCUCCCACGGGAAGAGCUUGAAUCUGUUGAACGCAUAUGUUUCCAAGUUGAGGAAGCGCAAUGGUUCUACGAGGAUUUUAUUCGUCCGCUCGAUCCUGCUCUCCCCUCGAUGAAUCUGAAGACAUUCGCAAUGCGCAUCUUUCAGCAUUGCCCGCUCAUGUCCUCAUGGUCGCAUUAUCAUCACCUAGCUGCGUUCCAAGAAUUCCUUGAUUACAAGACCCGCGUGCCGGUCCGUGGUGCGAUCAUGCUGAAUCAGGACAUGGAUGAGGUAGUAUUGGUCAAGGGAUGGAAAAAGGGCGCCAAUUGGAGUUUCCCAAGAGGCAAGAUCAAUAAGGGCGAGAAGGACCUAGAUUGUGCCAUUCGCGAAGUCUAUGAAGAGACUGGAUUUGACGUACGCCAGGCCGACCUAGUCAAAGGGGAAGAUGAUGUCAAAUACAUCGAGAUCACCAUGCGAGAGCAACACAUGCGACUGUAUGUCUUCCGAGGUGUCCCCCGGGACACUUAUUUCGAGCCGCGCACCCGAAAGGAGAUCAGCAAAAUCGAAUGGUACAAGCUAUCAGAGCUGCCUACUCUUAAGAAGAGCAAACAGCAUGACGAAGGACUCGCAGUCGCAAACGCGAAUAAGUUCUACAUGGUUGCACCAUUCCUGAACCAGUUGAAGAAAUGGAUCGCACAGCAAAAGAAGCGUGACGAGAAUGCCCUGCCAGGUACAAGCCAUAUGGCACACACGGAGGGAUAUCUUUCUAUGGACGAGAACGGGCAGUCCAAUGGUACUCCGGGAAUGCCUCUCGCCAAAUUGGAUAUGCCUAGUGAUAUUUCCGAACUGGCCUGUGGUCAGGAUGCCUCAGAUCAGAUCAAACACCUUCUGAAGAUCGGCGCAGCGCCAGCGCAAGUUCAAACGCCAGGACUUGAAUUAGCACAGGCUUCUGCUGUUGAUCGUUCCAAGGCGAGCGAGCUCCUUGAGUUGCUGCAGCGUGGAGGCCAGAAGCAAGGAUCUUUCAGUGCGUCCAUGUCUACUCCGAAAGAUACACACGUAUCCAGCCUUCAAGCGGCGGGGCACCGGCCUCCAUUGGGCCCGAACUUCUUCCCUGGCUUCCCUCAACAGCAGCAGAAUAUGGGCACAGCUCCCUUCAUGCGGCAGAACUCGACGCCGUUCCACGCCGUUCCUUCUCAGCCCCAUAUUCAACACACCCAGAACGUCAACCAGCUUCUCCAAGGCAAUACAUUUCGGACUACGGCGCAGAACUGGUACCCCUCACACUCUGCAAUUCCCCAAUUCCCUCAAGACGCUUCGUCAUCUCAUUAUCAACACCAUAACCAACCACCUCUCGCUAGUGGUGCCUUGCCACCAAGUCAGAUGCCCGCUCCAUUCCAACGGACAGGAGAUCCUGAAUUCUCUGAAUCUGCCCAGCUCACCCAGACCCAGGGCUCAGUUGUCCCUCCGGCGAGCAAGCUACCUCCUCCUAAGCUUACAAGUCAUUCUUUGGCACUUUUGGAAGUUUUCAAGGUGAAAACCCCGAAAGGUCCGAGUCCGGCGAUGUUGGCGGCUCCCUCGCAGGCACCUUCUCACGUGCGCAAGACAUCUCAACACCAGGAUAGUCUUUUGGGCUUACUCAAAGGAGCCCAGGCCCCGCGUGCCUCUGGGCCGUCUGAGCCAGUCGAGUUGUCGGGCAAACCUAUCUUACCAUCUACAACGCCCUCUGAAAAGCAAAUUCUUCAGCGACCUCGCGACGCCCCCUACCAUCCAGGUUAUGCGGGAGCGGCUCUGACAUCUGCUACCGUGUCCGGACCCUUGUACACCCGACAGUCUGAAGCAAUUGCUAAACCUGUGACCAAAUCAACCACUGGAAUGACCAAGAAAGGUCAUGUGCAGAAACGCGAGAAAUCCCAGUCGCAACAACUCUCUUCGCCUAUCACCAUCCUAUCGCGCCCGUCGUCGGCCAAACAGGAGGCAAUCUCGCCGAAACCAAUUGCACAAGGAAUGCAGGUGCCGCCUGCCAAGAUACCUGAAGCACCCCAAGCUGUCAACAAUUUCAAGCCGCAAAUUCUCCGUCGGUCAGACGCCACUGGCUACGAAGCAUUAAUGGCAGCAGCUCCCCGUGCGGAAGCCGCUGAACGGAAAUCGAGUUUGCCAGGCAUGGACGCCAACGCACAGGGCUUGGUGCCGCAAGGUAAAUUCGACCGUCGACCGAGUCAAACGGCUGAGCAAAAAGCCUCGCUGUUGUCUUUGUUCAGCAAAACGUCUAUUUCUCCCUCGGGUGUCUCUUCGAAUCAAUCCAGGCCACCUGUUGCCUUUAACCUCGUCAGUCCGGCCUCUUCCCAUCAUCGGCCAAACAGCGGACAAUCUACCCCCUCAGAUGGCGGCGCACAUGCCAAGGUACACCAGACCUCCACACCAAGCGACAAGGCGUUUUUGCUUGGAUUUUUGGAGGGUGUGGCCAAAGGCAACAAAUAG